AUGGUGUACUGCAAGCACUGGAACGAGUUCAAGGCACAGGCACUGGCGCUGUAUGCACGAUCGCCAGAUGUGUCGCGAUUUGUGCUCAAAUCACGCCCAAACACAGAGACUUUGAUUCUCAAAGUGACUGAUAAUCAUACCGUACGUCGCACUGCGCUACUUACCCAGACACUCAAAUACCGCGCGAAAUCGACCAUCAUCCUGAACAGGCUGGACGAAUUUCAAAAGGCGCUGCUCGAGCUCAUGUCGAACGUCAAGGCGCCAGUCGAUCCGUCGCAGAUGGUGACAGAGACUGUACAAAAGAGCGCCCCGUUGGAAGCGCCGAAGCAAGCGCCCCCUAAGGGCAAAGGAAAAAAGAAGGGAAAAAAGAAGUAA